AUGACUGAAGGCUUUCCUCAGCAAGCGAGUGAUAUAAGGGCGGAAGACCAUCAAGCGUACAUGAAAUUUGCGCUAUCUCUUGCUACCAAAUCCCCGCCAAAACCCACCAACUAUCGAGUCGGAGCAGUAGUCGUGGACGUAGCUACGAACGAGAUCUUGGCAACAGGAUAUACACUCGAGCUUCCCGGUAACACUCACGCUGAACAAUGCUGUUUUGAGAAGCUUGCGGAAAAGUACGAUAUCGCAGCAAAUCGCAUAGGUGAAGUCCUCCCGAACCAAGUGGUACUUUAUACCACAGUAGAGCCAUGCUCCCAAAGGCUCAGCGGAAACCUACCGUGUGUGGAUAGGAUAUUAGCCAUAGGGAAUAAGAUCAAAACGGUUUAUGUCGGAGUUUACGAACCAGAAAAGUUCGUCAGCGAUAAUUCUAGCAAGCGGAAGUUAGAGGAUGCCAACAUCGGGUUCGUGCACGUCUCUGGAAUUGAGAAAGAAAUAUUAGAAGUUGCAACAGCAGGUCAUGAUAAGGCCAGCUAA